UAUUUAUCAGUGACAUCUAUCCCAUAUUCCUCAAGGAUAGCAAACAAAAUGGCGUCGCUAUGAAGCGAUCGAUGCUCGGUUGAAUUCAAUUUCCCCGUGAUAUUUAUUAUUAGUAACUGUGAUGUGUUGAAAUAAAAAUGGAAUUUGACGAGAUCGUCGUCAAAGACACGCCCGGUUUGUGCCGGUGUUGUUUGUCUGAAGGAUGUUACAAGGACUUGAGCACUGAGUAUCCUUGGAUGGACGACACCGAAAUAUACGCCGAUAUGUUGUUGGAAUGCUUUGAUGUUAGCAUAUCCCAGCACAUUGAAGGUCCAAACGGCCCCAACCGAUUAAUUUGUGAAGUGUGCAUUACAAGGCUGAGAGAUGCAUGUAAUUUUAAAAAACAAGUACUGGAUUCGGAGAAGAAGUUUAUAGACAUGGUUGGUCGUGGUGCAUUUAAAACUAAAGUUCUGCUGUAUCCAGAACAGAUGAAGUCGGAGAGUCAGGAAGUGGCAGCCGAUGAAGCAGAGAUUGAAUAUCUUGAUGAGGACGUCGAUUAUGAUGAUAUACCACUCAACGAACUGGCAACACCGUCGGUAUCAGAAGACAUAACAGUGGCAACGUUACCAGUAGCGAAACGGGGUAGACCAAAAAAGACCAUGAAAAAUGAGAAGAAAAAAAUUGAUGUGAAAUUAAAGACCAAAUCAAAAGAUCAAGGGCCGUACGACCACUGUACCUCUGAGCGGAGGAGGAAAAACUUGCAAAUGUUGUUCAACAACACGACAAUAUUACCAUUCAAAUGGCGCGGGAGAUAUCUAUGUUUCUAUUGCGGCCAGAAUUAUAGCAAUUAUACUGAUUUAAAGAACCACACAAAAUCACACGGAUUAUGUAACACUACAGAUUACGCACUUAAAAUUAUAAAAGGAAACAAUAUAGAAAUAAAAAUUGACGUAUCGGAAAUAGUCUGCGAGGUAUGCUACGAGCCGUUUUCAAAUUUGAACGAUAUUUUAGAUCAUUUGAUCGGAAAACAUGAAAUGGAUUAUGACAGAAACGUCGAUAUACCGUUCCGAGAAUACAGACUGAGCGAUUGCAAAUGUCAAAUGUGUGGCAAACAAUUCAGUUACUUUGGAUAUCUUAUUAAUCAUAUAAAUAUAGUUCAUUCAGUAAAUACUUUUGCAUGCGACAAUUGUGGCUCUACAUUUUACAAAAAGAGAGAUCUGGCGUUGCAUAUAAGACAAUUCCAUCGCGAAGGUGGCUAUCCUUGCGAGGAUUGUUCAGAGGUGUUCGAAACAAACGUACUGCGUAGGAAACAUUCAAAUACAGUUCAUUACAGAAAAUGUAAGACGUGCGGAGCUAGGUUUCCAUCGUACGUGUUGUUGCAGAAACAUAUGAAAGUUGAUCACCCGAACGACGAAACCCAAAAACUGUGUAUGUACUGUUCGAAAGAGUGUCAAUCAUCACAGGGUAUUAGACAGCACAUGAAGAAAUGUAAAUCGAAAAAGGAAUUGAUUACAGCCUCGAUAUUCCCGUACGAAAAUCCACUACAGCCGAACAAAAAACAAAAUGUUAUGCAAAUAAGAAAAAAUAUACAAUGCGUUCUUAAUAUGUCAACGGCGAUCCCAUUUAAAUUUUUUGCAAAGUUUUCAUGCUUUUACUGUUCCAAAUAUUUCGUCGAAUUCGAUGAACUUAAGGUCCACGUCCUUGCGGAUCAUCCGGUUUGUGAUCUAAAAGAGAAAUGUAUUAAAAAUUGUAAAGGUGAAAGAAUUACUGUCAAAAUUGAUAUAUCAACUUUAUCUUGUAAGAUUUGUUACCAAUCAAUAUCGGAUUUAGACGAUCUGAUACAUCACCUAACGUCCAAACAUUUAGCACUAUAUGAUAAAUCAAUAAAAUGCUUUGAGCCGUUUAGAAUUAUAAAAGACAAUAUUCCAUGCCCGAUCUGUCCGAACGUUUUUCGCUAUUUCGGCAUUCUUUUGAGGCACAUUAACUCCGAACAUAGCAAUAAUAACAGAAUAUGCGAUUUUUGUGGUCGCAGUUUCAAAAACGUGUCAAAUCUCAAAGUUCAUAUUACUUAUGCACACACCGGUGACUGCGAGUGCGAUGUCUGUGGAAUGAAGUUCAAAAAUCAAUGGUGCUUAGGACGGCAUAAAGCCAAAUCACACGACGCGAAAGAUUACAAAUGUCCAAAAUGUCCAGAGAGAUUCCAAUCUCAGUAUCACAAACAGAAACAUCUCAUUAAGGUACACGAUAUCGGGCACAAGUGCACGUAUUGCGAGAGGAUGUUUACACGGAAUUCGUUCAUGAAGGAUCACGUGAGGCGGACGCAUUUGAAAGAGAAAAACGUCCAAUGCUCUGUUUGUAAUGAGAAGUUCUUUGACAAUUACCUUCUAAGAAUGCACAUGGUCAAACAUAAAGGCGAGAGAAAAUUUAGUUGCGAGGUUUGUGGCAAGACUUUCUUGAGGAGAAGUAAUUUGAGCUCCCAUAAGGAGAUGCACAAAAAAUACGGACAUGUAUAGUUUUUUUUUUAAAUAUAUAUAUUUGUAUGAUUGUAGCAUUGAAGCUACAAGGAUGACUGAUAAAGACAGUAGUUGUUAAUGAGUACCCCUGUACAGGAAAAUGUUCCACGUGCUUUUAUAUCUGAACAAUUGUUAUUGUAAUGAAAGGUAGCUAAAAUCAUUCACCAUUUUAAUUUACAAUAAUCAUGUAAUAAUGGCGUCAUUUCUAUUUAGAUGCUCGCAUCUGUAUCGAUUUAUAUAAUGUGCUAUUACGUCUGAUUAGUUUGUUUAGUGUAACUUAUUCGUACAAAAUUAACAGCAGACUGAUUUUAUACUUCUGGCCAAUUUCCACUGUUGUCUCGUUUCAUGUCGUAGGAAUUUAUGUCGAUUUUCAUGUACAUGUUAUAGAUUUAAGUAUAUCUGUAUAAUUUUUUGAUGUUCCUAAAGUAAAAACGCCUAAAAAUCUUAAUAAUUCACAUUCGGAAUAUUUAAUCUCGAAUAAAAUACUAUCUCAAUCCUUGUCUCACAAUGUAUAUUUCUUGUUUUUUUUAAUUCAGAAAUAAAUGCGAUAUUUGUAAA